AUGGAGAAGGCCGGGCGGAGCGGCGACGGCGCCCCCCGGGGGCCCGUACUGCACAUCGUGGUGGUCAGCUUUCACCACAAGAAGGGCUCAGGAGAUGGACAUGACAGCCACACUUUACCUGAAGAAUGGAAAUAUUUGCCCUUCCUUGCCUUACCAGAUGGCGCUCAUAACUACCAGAAAGAUACUGUAUUUUUUCACUUGCCACCCAGAAAUGGAAAUGGAACCACAGUAUAUGGUAUCUCAUGCUAUGCACAAAUUGAAGCCAAGGCACUAAAAGUAAGGCAAGCAGGUAUCACCAGAGAAACUGUUCAGAAAAGCGUCUGUGUUCUAAGCAAGCUGCCUCUCUAUGGAUUACUUCAAGCAAAACUUCAACUUAUUACACAUGCAUAUUUUGAAGAGAAGGAUUUUUCCCAAAUUUCUAUUCUAAAGGAACUUUAUGAACAUAUGAAUAGUUCCUUCGGAGGAACUUCAUUAGAAGGAUCCCAAGUAUACCUUGGUCUCUCUCCUUGAGAUCUUGUCCUUCAUUUUCGUCACAAGGUCUUAAUCCUAUUUAAACUGAUUCUUCUUGAGAAAAAGGUUCUAUUUUAUAUUUCUCCAGUGAAUAAAUUAGUGGGUGCACUGAUGACUGUGUUAUCCCUUUUUCCAGGCAUGAUUGAACAUGGUCUCAGUGACUGUUCUCAGUACAGACCCCGAAAGAGUAUGUCUGAAGAUGUUGGGCUUCAGGAAGGUAACCCUCCUGCAGAUGAUUUUGCUUCUUUGUCUGCUCCUGACAUUUCGAAUACCAAUGUGGGAACUGUCAAGAAACUGACAGGAAACCAUGGAGGAGAUGCUGUCCUCAAGACUGAAAAAUCUCUGUUCCAAAUAGAAAGUGACAGCAGCAAAGGACAGGAACCCAAUGUUAUCAAUCACUAUUUAAAACCUCCUUCCUGCCCCUCUCUGGAGUCUUCAGAAAGUGACUGGGAGACUUUGGAUCCUAAUGUCUUCGAGGACCCCAACUCGAAAGAAAGAGGACAAGUGGGGUCAGAACAGACAAACUUAUUUGCAAAGGACUCUAUGCCCUCAGACAGUCCUCCAAUUACUGUACAACCUCAAGCUAACACAGGCCAGGUGGUCCUGAUACCAGUGCUAAUUUCAGGUUUGGAAGGGGACCAGUGUGGCAUGCCCCUGGCUAUCUUCACAAAGGGAUAUCUCUGUUUGCCUUACAUGGCAUUGCAGCAGCAUCGCCUUCUUUCUGAUGUCACCAUUCGGGGAUUUGUUGCUGGAGCUACUAACAUUCUUUUUCGACAACAAAAACACCUCAGUGAUGCCAUUGUGGAAGUAGAAGAGGCUCUGAUCCAGAUCCAUGAUCCAGAACUCAGGAAGCUGACUAACCCAACCACUGCAGACCUAAGGUUUGCAGACUAUCUAGUGAGACACAUGACUGAGAACCGGGACGACGUCUUUCUGGAUGGCACGGGCUGGGAGGGAGGUGACGAAUGGAUACGGGCCCAGUUUGCAGUCUACAUCCAUGCACUGCUGGCUGCCACAUUACAGUUAGAAAAUGAAAAGAUAUUAUCGGACUAUGGGACAACCUUUGUUACAGCAUGAAAGAAUACACACAACUAUAGGGUGUGGAACAGCAACAAGCAUCUGGCACUUGCAGAAAUAAAUCCUAGUCAUCCAUUUCAAGGCCAAUAUUCAGUGUCAGACAUGAAGUUAAGAUUUUCACAUUCUGUACAGAAUAGUGAAAGUGGCAAAAAAAUUGGAAAUGUCAUGGUCACAACAAGCCGGAAUGUUGUACAAACGGGAAAAGCUGUUGGCCAGUCAGUUGGAGGAGCUUUUUCCACAGCAAAGACAGCCAUGUCUUCCUGGCUUUCUACUUUCACCAGUUCCACCCCGCAAAGUCUAACUGGGUCACCAGAUGGAAAGCCCUGA